CAUCAAUAAAAACUUAAAAGCUCUUCUUUGUUUCUGCUCGUACAUAUUCCAGCAAGCUAUUCCCACAAUGUCCAAAGCGCUCUUUCUAGCUUUCUUGAUUUCCUUGUCGAUGGUCUCAGCUGCAUCGGCACAUGAGUAUCGUGUGGGAGGACCGAGGGGCUGGGUGAAGCCCGUAGAGGAGGAGACCGAGACUUAUAACGAUUGGGCAGGGAGAAAUCGCUUCCACAUUGGCGAUUCCUUGUAUUUCAAGUACACAAAUGACUCAGUGCUCCUUGUGGACCGGGAAGGCUACGUCAAUUGCAACACAAGCAAUCCACAGCUCGCCUUCACUGACGGAAACUCGACGUUCUGGUUCGACCGGUACGUUCCUGGUUCGGGUUCGAGCUCAGACUCGUAUUCGGGGUUGGGUCCUUCAAGUGCUCCCUGGUCUAGUUCUGCUGCUGCGUUGAAUGUUAUUGCUGGUUCUUAUAGGGUUAUGAUUGGACUUGGGUUCGGUUUAGUUGUUUUGAUGUUUGUUUGA